UGUAUCUUGCUGCUAGUAAGAUACAAUCUUGUUUUUAACCUAAUAUUGAAGUUGUGUUUUCUUGUUUAGCAUUUUGAAGUCAGGGCAAAGUAUUUCAAAUUUUGGAUCAAAUUUCUUUCUUUCACAUGACGUCAUAAAGACGCGCCGAGCUCCUGCAUCUGUUGUGAUUCUGGCUUAAGAGAGGAGACCUCCAUGAGAAACAACUGAGAUCCACGUGACAUACUAUUAUAAAAGAUGGCGUUUAUUAAAGAGGAGAGAGAAGACAUGAAGAUCGAAGAAGCAUUCAGAGUCAAACAUGAAGAUACCGAAGAACAAACAGGUUUGGCUGCGGUGUAUUACAGGGACGUCAAACUCUGCUCCUGGAGGGCCACGAGUAAUCUUGAAGUCCUUGGUUAGCUCAUUCAGGCCUGUUAGUGCUGAAAGAGGAGAGUCAAGAACUGAAUGAAAUGGAAGACAAAGAUGAGAAGCAUCUUGAUUUUAUGAUUGGAGGAAAAUCCCCAUAUACUAAAAAUACUUCAUCAAGAAAAAGAGGUCAAAAGAAAGCAACUAGGAGUUAUUUCACCUGCUUUCAGUGUGGAAAGAGUUUUACUGAGAAAGGAAGCCUUGAAGUACACAUGAGAAUUCACACUAGAGAGAAGCCUUUCACAUGUGGACUGUGUGGAAAAAGUUUCAUACGAGAACUAAACCUUAGAUAUCACAUUAACAAUCACACCGGAGAGAAACCGUUCACGUGUGAUCAGUGUGAAAAGAGUUUCACCCGUAAAAUAGGUCUUAAUAGCCACAUGAGAAUUCAUUCAAGAAAAAACUGUUUUAAAUGUAAUCAGUGUGGAAUGAGUUUCCCAGACAUGGAUCGUCUUAACAGGCAUGUAGUAAUUCACUCUGGAGAGAAGCCUUUCAUAUGCCAGCAGUGUGGAAGGGGGUUCAAAUUCAAUAAAAACCUUAAGGCGCACAUGAGAAUUCACACCGGAGAGAAGCCUUUCACGUGCCAUCAUUGUGGAAAGUGUUUUGGUCAUAAAGUAAGCCUUAAGACUCACUUAAGACUUCACACGGGAGAGAAGCCUUACACAUGCUCUUUAUGCAGUAAGAGUUUCACAUAUAAAUCAACCCUUAAUGCCCACAUGAGAAGUCACACUGGAGAAAGCCCUUACACCUGCAAACUGUGUGGGAAGAGCUUCUCACAAAAAGGAAAUCUACAGACUCACAUGAGAAUUCAUACUGGGGAGAAGCCAUUCUUAUGUGGUCGGUGUGGAAAGAAUUUCAGAUGUAAAGUAACCCUUAUUUACCAUAUGAGGAUUCAUUCAAGAGAGAACUGUUUUAUAUGUCAGCAGUGUGGAACAAAGUUCACAGACAGUAAGCACCUUAAAGAUCAUGUAAUAACUCACAUCGGAGAGAAGCCAUUCAUGUGCCAUCACUGUGGGAAGAGUUUCACACUUAAAGGAAACCUCAAGACUCACAUGAGACUUCACACAGGAGAAAAGCCUUUCACAUGCAAACAGUGUGGAAAGAGUUUCAGACAUAAUGUAAGCCUCCAGACUCACAUGAGACUUCACACUGGAGAGAAGCCUUUCUCAUGUCUUGAGUGUGAGAAGAGUUUCACAUACCAAAGAGAUCUGAAGCGCCAUUUGCAAACUCAUUCUGUAGAGAAACUGCAGUCUGACAAGAAGUUAAUAAAAAGGGGCCAUUUAAAAAAUCCUCUGCCCAUUCACUCUGGUAGAAGGCGACUUAAUUGUGAUCAGUGUAAUAAAACAUUUAUUUUUCCAUCUCACUUAAAGAUGCACCUGAAAAGUCAUGCAGAUGUAAGACCCUAUUUUUGUUCUUUGUGUGGAAAGAGUUUUAAAUGGCUCAGAAAUUUAAAAUGGCACCAGAACGUAUGUGUCUGUGUGAAAUCAAGGCUAAAUUCACACCGCAGCUGAAUGUGGCCAAAAUCAGAAUUUUCUGCUCAAAUAUGAUUCUUUUCCUGUAAUUUCAAAUAUCGAACAAUGCCUACCAUAAUUGACUUUCCACUGUAUAGCAGCAGCUCUCCAAACAUUUGUUUUAAUAACUCAAAAUCUUGCCACUGGCCAUUUUCGUUGUCCUCUUUUUGUGUAGAUUGAAAAAGCACAAACGUACAUUUGCAUGGUCUCUUUUCAUCUUUCUCAAUUUAUUUUCCAUGUUCGUUCUUAUUAUAUUACUCAUUUUCUUUGCUCUUGUAGUUUUUUUGCUUUGUUAUUUAGUCUUAAGAUUGUGUUCAUAAGUUAAAGAUAAGAAGGUAUGUGCCCAUUUCCAGUGUUUCAGCUGUUUGGUGUAACACUGACAGUCUGACUGAACAUUGAGAAUUGAGAAAGACACAAUUAAGAUUAUUCAAUAGACUUCCGCUUCCUGCUCUUCCCCUACCUCUGUCUGCCUGUAUGACUGGAUUCCUAAUGACUGAGGCUGAAUAAUAUCAUCAUCUUAUUAACAUGCUGGGCGCUUCUCAUUCCUUAUUUGUGCAUCCACGUUUCUUUUCCUUGCUUCCUUUUGUUUCAUCUUGGCUUCACCCCCCUCAGGGUGCAAGGAUGAGAAGGAUUCAGGAAAUAAAACGAGGAUGGAGGAAUCAAAGGAAAGCUUAUUUGUACAUUGGAAUACUCUUGAUCAAUUAAGUGUCACUUGAAAGCGUCAUCAGCUGCGCUCAAGGGAUCUGACGUCAUGUUGUUAAAGUUUGAUUAAGACAUUCAUAAUAUUAAUAAAGCAAGAUGAAAGCAAAGAUAAAGCAAGAUGUUGAAAUAUGAUAUGUAUGGUUUGUUUAACCUGCAAGGGUAAAACAUAAAAUCUAAUUAUUACAAAUGUAAAGGGGGAGGAUAAUUUGCCUCAGGUUUUCAGACAAGGCAAGACAAGGUUAUUUAGCACAUUUCAUACACAAUGGUAAUUCAAAGUGCUUUACAUAAAAGGAAUUAAAAUAAUCAUAAAAAAUAGUCAUAACAAUAAAACAAGGAAUUUAAAAACUUUUAAAAUAAUUUUAAAAUUGGUUUAAGAUUAAUUAAAACAGUUAAGAAUACAACUCUGGAAAUGUUGGGACGUUUUUUGAACUUGAAUAAAAUGAAAACUACAAGACUUUCAAAUCACAUGAGCCAAUAUUUCAUUCACAAUAGAACAUAGAGAACAUAUUUUAUCCACUAAAUGAGCUCAUUUCAAAUUUGAUGCCUGCUACAGGUCUCAAAAAAGUUGGCACUGGGGCAACAAAGGGCUGAAAAAGCAAGAAAUUUUGAAACGAUUCAGCUGUGAGAACGUCUAACAACUAAUUAAGUUAAUUGACAUCAGGUCUGUAACAUGAUGAGCUAUAAAAGGGAUGUCUUAGAGAGACAGAGACUCUCCAAUCGGUGAAAGACUGUGUAAAAAGAUUGUGGAAUACUUUAAAAACAACGUUCCUCAACGUCAAAUUGGCAUUGCAAAUCUCUUCAUCUACAGUGCAUAACAUCAAAAGUUUCAGAGAAACUGGAGAAAUCUCUGCGCAAGGGACAAGGCCGAAGACCUUUGUUGGAUCCCCGUGGUCUUCGGGCCCUCAGACGACACUGCAUCAUUCAUCGGCAUGAUUCUGCCAUUGACAUUACUAAAUGGGCCCAGGAAUACUUCCAGAAACCACUGUCAGUAAACACAAUCCGACGUGCCAACUAAAGCUCUGUCAUGCAAAAAGAAAGCCAUAUGUGAACAUGGUCCAGAAGCGCCGUCGUGUCCUGUGGGCCAAGGCUCAUUUAAAAUGGAUUGUUUCAAAUUGGAAAAGUGUUCUGUGGUCAGACGAGUUCAAAUUUGACAUUCUUGUUUGAAAUCACGGAGGCCGUGUCCUCCGGGCUAAAGACCUUCCAGCGUGUUAUCAGAGUUCAGUUCAAAAGCCAGCAUCUCUGAUGGUAUGGGGGUGCAUAAGUGCAUAUGGUAUGGGCAGCUUGGAUGUUUUGGAAGGCACUAUGAAUGCUGAAAAGUGUAUAUAAAGGUUUUAGACCAACAUAUGCUCCCCUCCAGGCCUUGUGUAUUUCAGCAGGACAAUGCAAAACCACAUACUGCAGCUAUUAUAAUAGCAUGGCUUCGUAGUAGAAGAGUCCGGGUGCUGAAUUGGCCUGCCUGAAGUCCAGAUAUUUCACCUAUAGAGAACA